GAAACAAAAAACAGAGAACCAACCAACUAUCCAAUCUCAUCCCCUUAUCUGCUACUGUGUCGUCUCUGUGUGUGUGUGAGGAAGAAGGAAUUGAAAAAAAAAAAAAAGAUUCCUGAAUGUUAGGCCUUGUUCAUUCAUAAAUGCUUUCCAGAUUUCACAGCACCCCAACAUUCAAUGUCACAGUAGCCCACAUUUAAUACUCCAUCAAGAAUUCAUUAGAUGAGAUGAGAUGAUCGAUUAUGAGUAGUUGGCCUCAACCCCCUCCCUACAAACCCUAAUAAUCACCAUUACAGAAGCUCUUGAUUUGCUUUUAAUGAUGGAUCGGAUUUGGAUACAGACGACGACGACGACAUUCUUGAUUUCUUUCUCAGUGCCCGCUACCAAUAUCCAAAAUCGAAACCUUUUUUUUAAUUAUUAUUAUUGAAUCCAUACUUAAUGUGCAGGAUUGAAGACUAAGCCACUUUCAUUUGGUGUCUAUUUAAGUGUUGGAACAAAGCCCCAAUUGCUGCUGCAGCAUCUGUGUUGCUCAUUAUUUAAUUUAGCUGUAGUUUUCUGCAACCAUGAGUUAUUUGGGUGUGGGUGUGAGCCCUGGAAAUGUUCCUGUCUACCAUGGGAGCAAUCUCAAGGUGCUCGACAGGAGAGUGAAGCUUGCAGAGCUUGUUUUGAGAUGUGUCAUCUGUGCUUUAGCCAUACUUUCAGCUGCCCUCAUAGCUACAGAUUCUCAGGUCAGGGAAUUCUUCACCAUUCGCAAGGAAGCAAGAUUCACAGACAUGAAAUCCCUUGUCUUCUUGGUGACUGCCAAUGGAUUAGCUGCUGCCUACUCUCUGAUCCAAGUUUUGAGGUGUAUUGUGAGCAUGAUUAGAGGCACUGUUCUGUUCAAUAAACCCCUGGCUUGGGCCAUUUUCUCUGGAGAUCAGGCAAUGGCGUACUUAACAAUGGCUGCAAUUGCGGCGUCGGCGCAGUCAGCAGUUUUUGCGCAAUUCGGGCAAAAAGAACUCCAAUGGAUGAAGACUUGCAAUCUUUAUGGGAAAUUCUGCAACCAAGUCGGCGAAGGCGUAGCCUGCGCCGUAAUCGUUUGCCUCGCUUUGGUGGCACUCUCCGGCAUUUCAGCGUUUAGUCUCUUCCGUCUCUACGGAGGCAACAAAUCGAAGACCAGUAGCAACUGGUAAUAAAGCUCGUCGUGAUCUCGACCAUUUCUGUUUAACACGAAUAUAUGUAAUCCUGUUUUGAGGCCAUAAACAAUAGAUUGUUCCACAUAUGUAUUUAUGGAUAUAUAAUCGAAAGAUCGCGUUCUUUAA